UCCUGUGAAGCAAGGGCAACAUGGAGGGAUGGCAUGCCGUGCAUGCCAGAAGAGCUAUGCAAGCUUACUGUUGAAAGCAUGGUUUCUGUGUGUCAGGCCUUCCUGGUAGGAGACCUGGUGACACAGUAGCCGUUAGGCAGAGCUCCCCAGGAUGUGUAGGAAGUGCUGUGACAGGUUUUGUUGGGGGGAAAUCUGAGCCAUCCCCAAGCCCGGACAAGCUGCUGUUGAAUUUUGCAAAGGCUGCCAGGAUUUUGUGGACGUUUACUACUUUGUCAUUAUGAGAUGUCGUCUCUCGGUACCUCCUUUGUGCAAAUUAAGUUUGACGACUUGCAGUUUUUUGAAAACUGCGGCGGAGGAAGUUUUGGGAGUGUUUAUCGAGCCAAAUGGAUAUCACAGGACAAGGAGGUGGCUGUAAAGAAGUUACUCAAAAUAGAGAAGGAGGCUGAGAUACUGAGCGUCCUCAGCCACAGGAACAUCAUCCAGUUUUAUGGGGUGAUUCUGGAACCCCCCAACUAUGGUAUCGUCACAGAAUAUGCUUCCCUGGGGUCCCUGUAUGAUUACAUUAACAGCAACAGGAGCGAAGAGAUGGACAUGGAUCACAUCAUGACCUGGGCCACCGAUGUAGCCAAAGGGAUGCACUACUUACACAUGGAGGCUCCGGUCAAGGUGAUCCACAGAGACCUCAAGUCAAGAAAUGUUGUUAUUGCUGCUGAUGGAGUCCUGAAGAUCUGUGACUUUGGUGCCUCUCGGUUCCAUAACCACACAACACACAUGUCCUUGGUUGGAACUUUCCCAUGGAUGGCUCCAGAAGUUAUCCAGAGUCUCCCCGUGUCUGAAACCUGUGACACGUAUUCCUAUGGUGUGGUUCUCUGGGAGAUGCUAACAAGGGAGGUCCCCUUUAAAGGUUUGGAAGGAUUACAAGUAGCUUGGCUUGUAGUGGAAAAAAACGAGAGAUUAACCAUUCCAAGCAGCUGCCCCAGGAGCUUUGCCGAGCUGUUACAUCAGUGUUGGGAAGCUGAUGCCAAGAAACGGCCGUCAUUCAAGCAAAUCAUUUCAAUUCUGGAGUCCAUGUCAAAUGACACGAACCUUCCUGACCAGUGUAACUCAUUCUUGCACAACAAGGCAGAAUGGAGGUGUGAAAUUGAGGCAACCCUUGAGAGGCUGAAGAAACUAGAGCGAGACCUCAGCUUUAAAGAGCAGGAGCUCAAAGAAAGGGAGAGACGCUUGAAGAUGUGGGAGCAGAAGCUGACCGAGCAGUCCAACACCCCGCUGCUGCCUUCCUUUGAGAUCAGUACAUGGACUGAAGACGAUGUGUAUUUUUGGGUUCAGCAGCUCGUCAGAAAAGGUGACUCUUCAGUAGAGAUGAGUGGGUAUGCAACCUUGUUUAAGGAAAACAACAUCACAGGCAAGCGGUUGCUGCUUCUGGAUGAGGAAGAUUUGAAAGACAUGGGCAUUGUCUCCAAGGGACACAUCAUCCAUUUUAAGUCAGCUAUUGAGAAGCUAACCCACGAUUACCUGAACCUGUUUCACUUUCCCCCACUAAUUAAGGAUUCAGGAGGGGAACCUGAAGAAAAUGAGGAAAAAACUGUGAACCUUGAACUUGUUUUUGGUUUUCACUUGAAGCCAGGAACUAGCCCACAGGACUGUAAAUGGAAAAUGUAUAUGGAGAUGGAUGGGGAUGAAAUUGCAAUAACCUACAUAAAAGAUGUGACUUUCAACACAGGCCUCCCUGAUGCAGAGAUUCUAAAGAUGACAAAGCCACCGUUUGUAAUGGAGAAGUGGAUCAUAGGAAUAGUGGCCGAUCAGACUGUGGAGUGCACAGUCACAUAUGAGAGUGAUGUUAGAACUCCAAAACUCACUAAGCAUGUCCACUCGAUUCAGUGGAAUAGAACAAAGCCUCAGGAUGAAGUGAAAGCCGUCCAGCUUGCCAUUCAGACUGUGUUCUCCAACUCGGAUGGCAACCCUGGCAGCAGAUCUGACUCAAGUGCGGACUGCCAAUGGUUAGACACCCUGCGCUUGCGGCAGAUUGCAUCCCACACUUCUCUACAGCGUUCCCAGAGCAACCCCAUCCUGGGGUCCCCUUUCUACUCCUACUUUUCCAACCAGGAUUCCUAUGCUGCCGCGGUGAGGCGGACACAGACGCCUGUGAAGUACCAGCAGAUCACACCCAUCAACCCUUCCAGGAGCUCCUCCCCGACACAGUACGGGCUGACCAAAAACUUCUCCUCCCUGCACCUCAACUCCAGGGACAGCGGCUUCUCCAGCCUCAACACCGACAGCUCCUCCGAGAGGGGCCGCUACUCAGACCGCAGCAGAAACAAAUACGGCCGCGGGAGUGUAUCCCUCAACUCUUCCCCCAGGGGAAGGUACGGUGGGAGAAGUCAGCAUUCUGCACCUUCGCGGGAAAGGUAUUCUGGAAAGUUCUACAGGUUUCCCCAGUCAGCGCUGAACACUCAUCAGUCCCCUGACUUCAAGAAGAACCCGAACGACCGCCGUGUGCCCAGGACCAUCCCCGGGAUGCCUCUGCACCCCGAGGCUGCCUCCAAAGCAGGCGAGGAGGAGAGCAGGGUGAGCGAAGGGGGCUGGACUAAAGUGGAGUACCGGAAGAAGACCCACAGGCAACUUCCGGCCAAAACUGGCAAGGAGAGAACGCGGGGCAACUACCGCGGGCGGAGGAACUUUUGACGGCGGCAUGAGUCAGGUGGGCUUUUCCAAGCGGGUUCUGCGGUGGGUUGUGCAAUGGACUUUUGGUAACAAGACAUCUGCAAAACCAAAAAAGACGGAUAGGAAACACCUUUGAAUUGAAAGGACAGCCAGAGCAGGGCCACGAUUACAGUCUUUGGUUGACUAGUGGUGAGUGGCAAUUAAAUUUGACAAUACCUGCCCAUGUUUCGUACCUCUGAAUUAAUAUUGAAGCGGGAAGGGCUGUGCCAUUUACUCCACGCUGGGCACAUUCUCCUUAGCAGACUUGGGACCAGGAUAAAGCUGGUGGAGGCCGCACAAAAAUCAAAUUUCUAGGUGAAAACCGGAAUUGUCUUAUUUUCGCUUUCAUCUAAGGUUCCAAGAUGGCUCAAGCAAGGCACUGUGGCUGAUCCUUUAUUUAAAAAUUGGGUAUUUUGUUCAUCAUGAAUUUUUUGCAUUUUUUUAACUACUGCGAUAAAAUAUCGUUUAUCUUGAUUGCUGAGGGAUUUUUAAAAUGCCUCCCUAAAUUUUGUGCCCAAGGCAACUGCCUCACUCAUCUCAACCCUGUUAGUAUUUAUUUUAGUGAGAUAUUCAUGUUUCUGUCGUGGUCAGAACUGAAGUGAUUUGGGUUGUCAUUUUUAGGUAAUAAAAAAGAUUAUUGACAUUAA